AUGGCAUCCGGAACGUAUCCCAUCAAGGGUCUCCCUGUGCCAACUGGCGGGCCAAUUCCUCAGCGGGAGGAGAUCACGGCCUGGCGCAACAACACUGAAAACGCCAUUAAGGUGUCACUGUUCAUCCAGGCCAUGAACAUCUUUCAGGCUAUGGACCCAGACGAUAAGCUCUCUUAUUAUCAGGUAGCUGGAAUUCACGGUCUUCCAGCUCAGUCUUGGGACACCGACCCAGCUCCCGACCCGAAUCAGAAGAUACCCAUCAAUGGCACGCCAGAGUUCUACUGCCCCCAUGGAUCUCUCAUCUUCCCUACCUGGCACCGAGCCUACCUCGCUCUCUUCGAGCAGUUGCUCAGUGGUAUCAUGCAAGAGCAGAUUCUCCCGACCAUUGCGGACAAGGUCGUGCGAGAAGUCUGGGCCUUGGAGGCUCAGCGUUGGCGCAUGCCUUACUGGGACUGGGCCGCGCCUCAGGAGUAUAUUCAGUCCUGUGGAGUACCCGAGAUCGUGUCCCAGCCCAACGUCAAUAUUAUUUCUCCAGGAGGUGCUCUACAGUCGGUACCGAACCCUUUGUACAAGUUCUCAACUUCCGUCAUCAGUAAGUUCAAGGGGACUACACCUGUCAUGGGCAAUUCCAUGGCGUUUGGCAAGUGGGCAAUUCUGAACGAUGAUGCGUUCUCUGAGUGCUCAGGCACUAGCCGUUAUGGGAUCACCAACCAAAAGACUCCGACACCGAAAGAAGCUUUAGGCGUCGAGAACAACAGCUCCGUUGCUAAUGCUCUCGAAACACCUCAAUGGGUCAAGAUGGAGGGGUCGAGAUUGGAUCCUGAUAUGAAGGGUUCUCUCCAAGAUCAGGUCCAUCGCCUUUUGACUCCGGGGUACUUCGCAAACUAUGCCACUUUUGCUACUACUGAAUACGCCGACAAUGAUCUCAACCCCCCUCCCGCUACCGGCUGGUCGUCUCUCGAGUUCCUCCACAACUGUAUCCACGUCUGGACCGGUGGAGCAGAUCUUAGCCCAGGUAUGGGCCACAUGUCUGACCUCACGGUUGCCGCAUUCGAUCCUAUCUUCUGGCUGCACCAUUGUAACGUUGACCGGCAACUGGCCAUUUUCCAGAAGCUCAACCCGGAACAUUGGUUUGAUGGAGGAUCUCCAACCAAAGAUGAGACAGCAGAUGGUCCUCUGCACCCUUUCCAUUCUGAUACAAACGCCACCCUCGUUACGUCGAACGUCGUGAAGGACAUCACGAGCUACGGCUAUACGUACGACAACCUCAACGUCCCCGUUGAUGAUUUGAAGAAAGCCAUCAACGAGAAGUAUGGCGGUCUUCGAAAGCAUCUCAACAAGAACCCUAAUCUGGAAGGACGGACGAAUGAUUACCUCAUCAACGUCCAGUACGACCGAUUCGCCUUGAAUGGAAAGAGCUAUGCCGUCCAUUUCUUCCUCAAAGGAGAUAUUCCCAGCGAGCCUUCCAAAUACAGAGGGUCGCCUAGUCACAUUGGCAGCAUCCACACCUUCUCAACCAAUUACUGGACUGCUGGCAACAGGAACGGGGUGGACUGCCAGAACUGCCAGAGUCAGCAGAAAAGGGGAGUCAAGGCCAAGGCGCAGAUUCCGAUCACCUUGGAGCUGUUGUUCCGCGCUGUGAGCAGCGAUGACUUGUGGUCGGAUCUAAGGAAUCUCGAGUCCAAUCAUGUUCAGCAGUAUCUCGAGCAGCACUUGAAAUGGGUUGUUGUUGCUGUGCCAGGAGAAGUUGUCCAGACGGAGAACCUCCCGGGUCUCAAAGUCGUGGUUCACGCAGGCAAGGGUCACCACCCGGAGGACACGACUCAACCGUCCAAGUUCCACAGCUACAGGCCCAUGGCUAGACUCGGGCAUGCCGGAAGACGUCGCUCCGGGUCGGUUGAGAUCCACUAUACCGUUCGGAGGGCGGAGCGGCUCCGGGGCUUGAGUUUUCGUGAGACGUGGCUUCCGACACCGGGCGGUGAAAUGGUCUUUUUCAUCAAUAUCUACUACAAUAAACAAACAGUUUCUCUUCCUUGGUGUCUGCAUACCUUAGACACAAAACCCACUUGGUUCGUAUCGUCCAGUGAGCGGAUUGGUAGGGCCGUCCAAGGACAGGGUCUCGAGUCAUGGAGUCGGGCACUGCGACAGUGGCAUCCGGGAAUCGUUGUCAUGCCUUCGCCCAGAAGGAGCCCUGCGUCAUCGAGUCCCGCUCAGCCUCAGUCGCCUCAAGACCAUACCGAGAAUGAAGCGGUACUGGCUGCAGAGGAGGCUGCCGAUGAUGCCACAUCGGAUUACGGAGGUACCGCAUCGUCAACGACGAGUGUAAGCGCCUCUAUUCUCGACUAUAGGAAGGAGAACGGCAGGACAUAUCAUCGGUACAAAGAUGGGAAAUAUAGCUAUCCUAACGAUGAGAGAGAGAACGACAGACUGGACUUGCAGCACAACCUGUGGCUCCUUACCUUCGACAACCGCCUGGGUACCGCACCGCCAAAUGACCCAGAUUUUCCCGUCAAUCGAGUUCUGGACGUCGGUACUGGAACCGGAUUGUGGGCUAUCGAGUUUGGCGAUGAACACCCGGAAGCUGAAGUUCUGGGCAUCGAUCUUUCAGCUGCUCAACCGGAGUUCGUACCCCCGAAUGUGAAAUUCGAGAUUGACGAUAUCGAAGAACCAUGGACGUUUUCGAGGCCGUUCGACUACAUUCAUAGUCGUCUAAUGACAUCCAGUCUCGCAGACUGGAAGAAAUAUCUGCAAAACUGUUACGAUAACCUCGCACCCGGCGGCUACCUCGAGCUGAACGAGAUGGACCUAAUCCCAACCUCGGACGACGGAACCCUCACCGACGAUCUCGCCUUCACCAAGUCCCUGAGACUCCUAGGCGAAGCCAUGGGGAAGCUGGGCCGUCCGUACCAGGACAUACCGGAGCUCAAAGACAUGAUGGUCGAGAUCGGGUUCCGCGACGUCGUCCUAGAGAGGUACAAGUGGCCGACCAACUCCUGGCCGCGGCAUCACAAGUACAAGGAGCUCGGCGUCUGGCAGAACGAGAACUUGACUGCAGGUAUGGAGGGCUUCAUCAUGGCGCCCUUCACGCGGAUCCACGGGUGGUCGAGAGAGGCGGUCCUCGUGUUUCUCGUCGAUGUGCGGAAGGACAUCAAUGAUCGAAAUAUUCACGCUUACUUUUCAGUUUUCGGCAGGAUUUGUGCGAAUGGCACUCACCCAUCAGAAGUGGGUGAGCUGUUUGGAUGGUUCCCCGUGCCUUUCAGUCCGCCUUGUUCUCAGAACAUCUCAUUCCGCGUUUCGAAUAUUAACAAGUAUACGGACACUGGCAUGGAGAUGAAGAGGGCAAUUGCUUUCCGCGAGAAGCCACCAACCAGUAAAGGAAGGUUGCAAGUGAGGCAAGGGAUGGCCUGCCAAUCAGUCCCUUGCCUGAGAGCUCUUCGGUCUGUAUUGUGUCUCGUGCAGUAUCAAGAUAUGAAGCCACCACUCACUCUUUGCAGGAAGUUGAGGCGGGUUGAAGCUGGAGCUACCCAGGUACUCAGAGAAAAGAGGGAAAAAAAAGACUUAGGCGUUCGUGCCGAAUUCAGGGACAAAGCCUCCACCGCCUGCGGAUACGUACCUCGAACCGUAAACUCGUGGGCGGGCACAUUGAAGCUUGAAGGAGCGGGCGAGCACGGCAAAUAUCCAUGUACCGAAGAGAGGUGCAGGUACAUCCCAGCGACCUACCCCCAUCGCGGGAGGCUCGAAAGGACACAUUGUACCAAAUCUGAAGUCAUCCACGCCAUUCAGGCCAGCUUGCCCUCCGGUUUCUCCAUUUCGUUCCCUUCGACACUCAAAAGUCGCUCCCCUUCUUUUUCGACACACCAAACCAAAGACCCUCCACAGCUUACGGCUCUGCCACGACAACUCUUCUCCCAAGAGCGCCAACGGUCUACCUUUGUCAAUCCUUUCCUCUACCUCUCUGUCUUUCUCCUUCGUCGCAAACCCUCCCACCCCCAAUUACCUUUGCCGAAACGUCAAGGUCAAGGCCAGCCCUCGGAUCUCAACUGCGCAAACUCCGUCAUUUUCGACGACCACAACGACGACUCGAAAGAAAUAGAGUCGCCAGAUCGAACAGCUGGUCUCCACGUCUACCUCUCCCACGACCUCACUCCCUCCGUCGAUCUCCCGCUCCCCACGAUGGCUCAACAGAGAGGCCCUUCCUACGGCUUGGGUGCCGGUGGCCCCUCCGCCUCUUUCGGCGGUCCCAGUGGUGACAGCUCCGAGUCCAGUCCCUUGGAUAUGAUCCGUCAACAGACAAGCAAGAUUGAAGACAUGUUGGACACUCUCAGCGAGCCAAUCAAGCCUUACCUGCCCGCCAUUGGUCGCUUCCUGAUCGUCGUCACCUUCCUCGAAGAUGCUCUUAGAAUCAUUACGCAAUGGAGCGACCAGCUCCUGUACCUUCACGAUUACCGCCACAUUCCCUCGGGCAUCACCCACCUGUUCCUCAUCGUUAACGUUCUCGCCAUGGUCGCAUGCUCCACUCUCGUCAUUAUCCGCAAGUACUCCGACUACGCGGUCGCCGGCCUUAUGGGCGUCGUCGUCACGCAGGCUCUGGGAUACGGCCUGAUCUUCGACCUUAACUUCUUCCUUCGCAACCUGUCAGUCAUUGGUGGUCUUCUCAUGGUCCUCUCCGAUUCGUGGGUUCGCAAGACCAAGGCUUUUGCUGGUUUGCCCCAGCUUGACGAGAAGGACCGCAAGAUGUACUUCCAGCUUGCUGGCCGUGUUCUGCUCAUCUUCCUUUUCGUCGGCUUCGUCUUCAGCGGCUCCUGGUCCGUCUGGCGCAUCAUCACCUCCCUGGUUGGCUUCGUUGCUUGCGUCAUGGUUGUUGUCGGUUUCAAGGCCAAGUUCAGCGCCACUCUCCUGGUCCUGAUUCUCAGCAUUUUCAACAUCCUUGUGAACAACUUCUGGACUCUCCACGAGCACCACCCCCACAAGGAUUUCGCCAAGUACGAUUUCUUCCAGAUCCUCUCUAUUGUCGGCGGUCUUCUGCUGCUCGUCAACGCUGGACCUGGACAGUUCUCCAUCGACGAGAAGAAGAAGACAGAAGACGAUCAAUAUCAUCUAGUCGCUUUCUUGGCAUUACGAACGGCAUUCAAAAGGCUUGCAACCUUGUUCCCGCACUGCAGUUGCAUUUUUUGGGCGUUGGGUCAACGGGAUCCCAUCGCCGCAUAUAUGAUGGGUAGACACAGAAAGGAUUCAAUAUUCAUACAAGUCUCUGCAUCCGCUUUCACCUCGUGCUUACUGCUCAAUGUCUUGCUGAAGGUCUGUCAGAUAGUCUACCAGCUGAAGCUUGAGAACUUGCGUCCGCCAAGCUCCGGCACUAAGGCGAAGAAGGGGGCUGGAAUUGGCUACUCGGUCGAAGUGACUUGCAUCAAAGGGUCUUCAACGACCCCUCUAGGAACCCGUAUGCAGGAUGUCGAAGGACUGGCUUCAUAUGUUCCCGUUGCUUACCUUGUUCCUUUUCAACUAUCCUCAUUUGUUUUUCAUGACCAUCCAAAUCCUUGUUUGUCAAGCCUCGGUUUGGAUGGAUUGGACCACGCCGUGGGAUACCUCGAUACCGUCCCGUCGUUGAAGAAAGCGGUGUAA